AUGUUGCUACUUCUUCUGGGAGCCUGUGCCGUGGUGGGUCCAUUCCAGGGCCCUGAGUGGGAGCCAGUAAGGGGCCUAUUGCCACAGGAUCAAAGCUGCAGGGAUCCCCGGUGCUGCGGUAAUCUACUUGUCUUCUGCCUCUUUCUGAUCUGGCAGAUCCAACAGUGCUGGUACCGGGUCUCCAGGACCUGCAAGAGGAAUGCCACCAAGGUGCCACCGCAGAGAUGGGCAGUGUCAUCCACCAGAUACGAGACUUCCUUUGGGAUGAUUCCUGAAUUCUUUACUCAUGGACAAAUCAGGGACCUGGAUGUUCCCGGCCAACAAUGGACACAGAAGCAGAGAUGGGGAUACAGGAAGAGCCUCAGACAACAAUGGGCCACCCGGUACCUGCUGUCUCCACAGAACCCAUGCCAAGACCUGCCUUGGGCUGUCCACACCCCUUCUGAGUCCAUUUUUUGUACUUCUUCCUUUUCAAGCACUUAUCUUCUUCCUGAGGACAAUUCUUGGAAAGUAUGGCAGGUCCCCUGGUAUCCCAGCAAUAGCCAGGCCCACCCUUCCCUGAACAUAUGCCAAAGAAUAGAACAGCUGCUGGCUCCCUCCCAGGAGGAGCUGAUGCCUGUUAACCUGAAGUACAAUCCCACCUCCCCAGUUUUGACCAUCUCUCCCCCAAACUUCCCUUUAGUUCAGAGGUCAAAGUUCUGCCUCAGAGGGUUUCUGCCUGGUCUUCUUAACCAACAACUGGAACCACCCACCAAGAAGUCCCUGGAUGGCCGAGAAGAUACCUUAGAACCACAGGAUAAAACCCAGAUAGUAGGCAGAGAAUAUAGUGAAGACACCCCGCAAUAUACAAACAAGAGAGAGAGCAGAAGGGAGGUUGUUUUAGAAAUACAAGCAUCUGGAGACUUCCUCCCAAUAGACUCUGGAGUGGAGACGGAUGACGAGGCUAAGGUCCUGGGCUGUGGAAACCAGAGAGUAGUAAGGGAAACUGAUGGAGAGAUCUCAGUGUCAGGGUGGGAGAAGCAAGACCAAAUGGGAAUUGAAGAUAGAGAACAAAGAGAGAAAGUAUGGAAGAAAACCCAGAGGGAGCCUGGAGAUAAGAACCCUUCUACCCAGGCUUCUAUGGGAGAGAGUCAAGAACAGUUUCCAUGGAAAACUGACACAGCAACUCAGACACCAGAGUGGGGGGACAAGGAGGAUGCUGUGGCGACUCUGGCCUUGGGGGAGAAGAACCAGAAAGAAGCCAGAGGGAAGGAUGAGGCAGUGGUCCUGGACCAAGGAUUAGAAAUACAGAAUAGUGAGAAUUCCCAAAUGCUAAGUCAGGGGACACAAGACCAGGUCGGAGGUAAUACUGAUACAGAGGCAGAGGAAGGAAGAAAUAAGGGUCAGACUGGGUGUGAGGAUGGUGUGGAAAUCCAGACAUCUGGGAGGGAGAGCCUGAGAGAAGUCAAACAAGAGGACAGUGAAGAGACCCAGGUCCUGGUGCGGGAGAAUCGGGGAUGUGUAAGAACUGGGGAUGAGGUCCAGACUCCAGCGGCGGAGAUGCAGGCACAGAUGGGAAGUAGGCACGCCAGGAAGACCCAAGCAUCUGAGAAAGAGGACCAGAAUCCGUCAAGACGUCAAGUUCGGGUGGGGACCAAGAAGCUCAGGGAGAUAAGAGAAGAGGACUGGGUGGUGCUCCAGGCACAGCUGUGGGGAAAUCAGAGACUGGUGCUGGUAGCGAUUGACAGAGGACUCAAGAUGCCAUGCUGGGGAAAUGAGGAUCAGGCCGGAGGGGAACACACAGCAGAAAUUCCGUCACUGGAGAGUGACCAGAGGCAAGGUGGAGGUGAUGGGACAAAUAACCCGGUACCUGGGGCUGACAAUCAGGGUCAACUAAGAAGUAAAACUGAUCUGGAGACUUACGCAGUAGGGAGGAAGGAGGAAAAGACUGAACAGGAAACUGGGAUGGAGAAGCUGGCCCUUGGGACGAGAGACCUGAGAGGGGCUGAGGGCAAGGAUGAAACGAGGACCCAGAAACUUGGGGAGGAAAAUCAGGAUCAGGUAGGAAAUGAACUUCACGAGAAGAUUCACACACCAAGACAGAAGAAUCAGGAACAGACUGAAGGCAACGAUAGCACAGAUAAGCAGACGUCUGAGGCGGAGAACUGGGAAGAAAUAACAAGUAGAAACAUUGAUGGUACAACCCUUGCAGCAGGGCGCCAGGAGGCAGAGAAGGCCAGGGGUGAGGAUGGUGCAGAGGUUCUAACACAAGGGGUGAGACUCCCGAGAGGAGCUGGAGGAGACGGAGAGACAGAGACCAAGGCAGCCGCGGGAGAAAGCCAGAGCUGGUUAGGAAGCAACGUGGGCUCAAGCACCCACUCAUCAGAGUUACAUAACCAGAAGUGGGUGGGAAGUGAGGAUGGCCCAGAGGAGAGAAGCCAGAGAGAACCUGGAGACGGUGAUGCAAAGACCCAGAGACCUGAGAGCAAGAGCCAGGGACAAUCUACUGACGCUGCAGGGAGCCGGUCUACAAGGUGGAGGGGCUGGGAACAGACCACAGAAGAGAAGGCGUCAGCAAACGGGGCGCUGGGGAAGACAAGCCGGAGCGGGGCUGGAAGUGAGGAUGGGGGAAAGGUCCAGAGAGCCAGGAGAAAGAAACAGAGAGUGUUAAGUAAAGUCCGCGGAAAGACCUACUUGUUAGCGUGGAAGACCCAGCAAAAAUUCGGAGACGGGAGUGAUGUAGCAGUUCAAAAACAGGGGAAGAGAAGCUUGAGAAAUUUCACAGGUGAUGGUGGCCCGGAGACCCAAGCCUCGUUGGGAGAGGACCAGAGGCAGUCAGUGUGUGAAGCCGAUGGGAAGUUUGAGACACAGGGGCAAAGAAUCCAGAGCAAGUCUAGAGAUGCUGCUGCAGAAAUCCAGGAUGUAAGGUCCCAGAGACAACGCAGAGCUGGGGGUUCUGAACUGUCUCAUACGCGGAGAAGAGGAGACAGGGACCAGGUCAGAAGGAAGGAGGCUGCCAGGCCCAGUCUCCAGGGUGACUCUUCUGCAAGAGUGGGGCCCACAGACAGGAAGUACAGCUUGGCUCAGCAUGCUUCUCUCAGUUUGAGACACAAGCAGCCAGUAGCUGCAAAUGGCGUAGACUCUGUCCCCUGUCCUGAAGAACAUCUAAGAAGAUGGGGCACAGUCCCUGUCCCGAAGCACAGAGGCGGGGUCAGUGAAAACUCCCAGAGGGCCCAACCCGGCUCUCAAAGAAAACAAGAAAGGGACGAAAGGGUGGACCCAGGAAAGGCUUCCAGCCUGACACGCCAGCACGCCCACCCACAGUCUCAGGCAUCCUCUGUCUUUCCCUCUCUCCUGUGUCCCCAAGUCUCCCAGGCUACCCCAACUCUAGCAAGUGUACCCGUCUCCCUCAGCACCCUGCACAAAUGGCCAGUCCUCAAGAAGAGUAAACGUCUGCUGCUGGAAUCCCUCAUGAAGAGGAGGAUUGCACACCUGAGGUGGGGUCUCCCUCGACGAAUCCUGGAGUCUUACUUGCUUUUUCACUUCUUAGAAUCUUGCUCUUUGCCUCGGGGGGCUGGAGUGAGGCUGCCUGGAUUGCGCACAGACCAGGAACGCCAAAGACAACAGGAAGAGCAUUGUGAGUCCCAGGGACCCCCGUUAGUCCCCGAGUCUCCAGGCAGGUCUCAAAGCCGUCCAGUUCUUGAAAGAAAAAGCUCAAAACUUUCUAUCCAAGUCCAGGCUCUGGAGAAGUGUAGGCCGCUCAAGUCAGAGCCAAUGGGCGGCUCCAUGCCACCUAAGAAACCCAGGAGAACUAGACCACCAGGGGGAGCAAGAGAACCACAGAUCCAAGAGGAGGCUCCUAAGGCCGAGCUCCCUUCUCCGAGGAUCCCUAGGGCAGCAGCAGAGUCCAGGAGCGGGUGUGGCCCAAGACAGGUCCAAGAAUUUUCCACUGAGAGCAGCAGGGGCAGGAAAAUGGUCAGGUCUGGAGUCUCCCAUGCGGAACACAGGGCUUCCAGCAGAGUGAGGGCCUCAUCCUGUACAGAAGGCCACAAUAACCAGAAAAAGGAAUGCAUACCCAGGGAAACCUCCGAGUCCCCCAGACUGAAAUGCCAGCAGCCCGCACGCUGGAGGAGUGGAAGCUUGGGACCUGCAGAGGGCAGAGGGGCCCGGCAGCCGCCUUUCCCUUGUUCUGCACGUACACCCAGCUUCAAAGAGAAAGCCAGGCUGAGCGUGACAUUCUUGAGCAAGAUGCCUUGGCUGCCACCUUUGGCUAAGCCCCAGCACUCAGCCCCCUUUCUUAACCCGAGGAGUCCGACCCCAUGUUCUAAAGUGAGUGCCCCAUAUGCAAGGGAGUACAGCACCAGAGUCCCCACUGCUUUGGAGAGGGACCUUGAGCCACCGGAGCUUUUCUGUACAGGGGUAGCCGUUCCCAAGACGGAGAGCUACCAGGAACACGAGACACCUGAGAGACCAAAUACAGCACCCCGAAAUCCAGCAUUCUCACAAAGGUUUGGUUUUAUGAGGCACUUGAGAUAUUUUCUCACACAGUGUGGCCUUAAAAAGUAGGCCACAGGCCCAAAGUGCUUAGUACAUGUCAGAGAAGGCAUGAGAGUGACCUGCUUCGGCCGGGAGCCCCUAAUAAAAUCGGUUAUUUGGAUCCUG